UCUGCAGUCAGUACGCCUCUCUUGCCAGGUUGUGCCGAUUUGUGAUAUCCUUUGACCCACCUUCCCUCAUUAUUCGUCAUGGCUGACAAAGUUCCAGCACUCAAAUACACACAGCUUUUUAUAAACAAUGAAUUUGUUGAUUCAGCCUCUGGAAAAAAGUUUCCUGUUAUAAAUCCUGCCACAGGACAGAAGAUUGCUGAAGUUUCAGAAGGAGAUAAGGCUGAUGUGGACAAGGCAGUAGCUGCAGCCAAGGCUGCCUUCAAAAGAGGGUCUGUGUGGAGAGAAAUGGAUGCUUCAGCACGAGCAAAGCUAAUGAAUAAGUUGGCUGACUUAAUUGAGAGAGAUGCAAAACAGAUAGCAAAUUUGUUAACAUUGGAGGGAGGCAAACUCUUUUAUGGUUCCUUUUAUGAAGCAACUUCUUCAGCUACUACUCUUCGAUACUAUGCGGGUUGGUGUGACAAGAUUACUGGGAAAACAAUCCCUACUGAUGGUCCUUACUUCACAUACACAAGGAAGGAACCCAUUGGUGUAGUAGGACAAAUUAUUCCAUGGAACUUCCCUCUGGGAAUGGCCAUGUGGAAGUGGGGCCCAGCACUUGCCACUGGUUGUACAAUUGUGUUAAAACCGGCAGAGCAGACUCCUCUUGCAACACUGCAUGUGGCUGCCCUCGCUAAAGAGGCAGGGUUUCCUGAUGGUGUCAUAAAUGUCAUACCUGGUUACGGUCCAACUGCAGGAGCUGCUAUUUCCUCACACCCAGACAUUACUAAAGUAGCCUUUACUGGCUCCACAGAGGUGGGAAAGAUAAUUAUGGAAGCAGCAGCAAAAUCUAAUUUGAAGAAAAUAUCUCUAGAGCUUGGAGGAAAAAGUCCUCUUAUUGUUUUGGAUGAUGUCAAUGUUGAUGAAGCUGUGCAAAUAGCACAUGACGCUAUAUUUGUAAAUCAAGGGCAAGUAUGCUGUGCAGGAACAAGAACUUUUGUGCAUGAGAGCAUAUAUGAUGAGUUUGUACAGAAGUCAAAAGCUAAGGCAGAAGCAAGAAAGAUUGGAGACCCAUUUGAUGUCACUGUUCAACAUGGGCCUCAGAUUGAUGAUGAAAUCUUUGAGAGAGUAAUGAGCUACAUUAAAUCUGGUAAGGAACAAGGGGCCCGUGUGGAAUGUGGUGGUGAGCGUUAUGGCGAUAAAGGAUAUUUCGUAAAACCGACUGUUUUUUCAAAUGUGACAGAUGAGAUGAAAAUUGCACGUGAGGAGAUUUUUGGUCCAGUGCAAAGUAUAAUCAAGUUCAAAACACUUGAAGAAGUAAUUGAAAGAGCCAAUAACACAACUUAUGGACUAGCCUCUGGGAUCCUCACAAAUGAUAUUAACAGUGCUCUGACAGUUGCUAAUGCUCUUGAAGCUGGCUCUGUGUGGAUAAACUGCUACAAUGCACUUCAGUCUUCAACACCAUUUGGUGGAUACAAAAUGUCAGGAAUCGGCAGAGACUGUGGAGAAGAGUCACUGGAAGAAUAUCUAGAAGUGAAAACAGUUUCAGUCAAACUACCAAUGAAAUCCUGAAUGAUAAAAAUACCAGUUGCUAUCUAAUUAAGAAAUGAGGGCUUUGUAUUUGCACUGGUUUAAGUAUUAAUACAAGAACUACUUCUGAUAUUUAUAAAAAUAAUAACAGCAAUAACAAUAAAAUAUUUAUGUAUGGUUU